CAAUCACCGAAUGUCACAAGCACCUACAGCCACUCUAUUCCAGUCUACGUUGAAACCUCUGUUGCAACACCUAGACAUAAUAUGUCAAACUGCGCUGUUUUCGCUGCAUCAAGGAAACUACCCAAAUUGCUCUUCCCUCUUCACUAGCUCCAUCUCCCUGCUCGUUCACGCUCUUUUGUAUCUCCCAUCUGGAAUCCGAGACAUAGCUGUGCAUCGGCAAAGUUCGCUGGACACUUGAGACCAUUCGAUGCUCUAUUUCAUCAAAGGACCGAAUAACAAUAACCUGUGGGCCAAGUAGCAAAGCGCACGGGCCGUUUCCUCGUGGUAUAAAGGGACGCUUGUUCUUUGUCUAGAUACGCCACUCAUUUUUACUGUCAUCAUGACUCGCACCAAGACACCCUCCGCCAAAUUUGGAGCCGCGACUCCCGCCCAGGACAGAUCACGGGGGUCCUCAGCUUCAGACAGUGCGUCCUCGAGCAAGACGUCCCCCGCUGUCGAUGCCAAGAACCAGGCCAAGAGUGAACAGAAGGAUCAGAGAAAAGCCCAGGAAGCAGCUGUGCGAGCUCAGCGGAUGAUGGGGAAACGGAUUCCGUCCAAGCAGAACUUUGUCCUCGUCGGAUCCCUGGACCCACGCAUCACUGCCGCGCAACUGCAGUCGCAUUUCGCAUCGUGCGGGAGCAUCAGCGCGGUGCGGAUGAGCUACGCGGGCAACACGGGUGUGUCGGCGACCGUCGAGUUCGAGCAACCCGCAGGAGCCAAGAAGGCACUCAGGCUGAGCCGUAGCACGGUGGCCGAUUUCGACGACCGUCCUAUCAAGGUGGUGAUGAACGUGCUGCACAUGGAGGAGAUCCACCAUCGACCAUCCGCUACAGCUGUCGCCCACGCCCUCACGUCCGAUACGUUAUAUCUUGCCCAGCAUGUUCCGCAGAAAGCGGAAAUCAUCGUCAAACCCCCUUUCGUUCCUGUUCCCGGAGAGCGGCAUGAGCAUUUAACAGGUGAGACGACUUGCGCGGGGGACAGCUUGGAAUGUCAUCUCAUUGUCUUGGUGCAGGGGCUGGGGUCCGUUUUCUUUCCGAUGUCGCUCGGGCCACGGUGGCUUAUAGGCCGGCUCAACGAGCUGACUGUCGAUGCCCGGCGUCUGAAUCGACCGUGCACAAUGGGGUGGUACUCAGAACUCAAGAGUAGCGCGCUGCAGUAUCUUCGUCCUGUAUGUCAUUCUGCAUUUAUACAAGAAUCGCCACACCGUCCAAGCAUUACAAUCACGUGACGAAUCCGGGGUCGGACCACCGCAACUGGUAAAAGGGUGUACCCUCCGUUAGAUUAUUGAAAAACAGUCGACAAAGAUGCCAAGGGUGAUACACUGAGGAUCGAAAGUCACUCUGAGCCUUGAAUAUCUUCGACAGAUACUGAAUGGCGUCGGCAGUGUCAAGAUACGAGCGACACCGGCAUGCGGCGACCGAUUGUCGGACUGUGUGCCAGGAGGAUGGACGCGUCCGGUUCAUAAGCGGACGAGGCGAAUGAGUAUCACUCGGGUUGCCAUUCGUUUAGCCCAGCCUGACGUUAGGUGCUCAAACAUCGGCACUGGCAUCUCUAAGUUAAAUACCACGCAUAUGAUAUCAGCUCUCCACCCCACUUACAGUCCACCGCUUCGUCAUGGUAUGCAUAGAGCCCCCUUCACCUCCUGCCACUCUCUGAGUCGUCGUGUACUUCUUCUGACUAUCCAUGAGACAAGUCUGGGCCCAUCAAACGUUUGUUAAGAUACCAGAAGCUGUACGGUGGCAGAACCUCGAUCCAGACGGGCAGACUGACUAGAUGGACAAUCUUCCAUCCGACCACGAUCAUCUUGCGGCUGGUUUAGAUAACGGUCGGCUCCAGCAGAAUGCCCGGAACUAACAUAGGAAGCACGAGAGACGCCAUGGUUUGAGACUACCGGGGCCGAUCGUAUUCACGAUGAGAUAUAAAUUGGACGAGAUGGGGCAGGUAAGUCCAGCGCGCCGAGCAGCCCACCAGUCGCGGUCGCAUACUAUGCAGCUGAUUGUCCGGGUCAACGAGUCCGGGAACAAUUUCGAACCCGGAUUCACAUAAGAAUCACAUCGGUCGCCCAACACAGCGCGAUAGAAAACGCGCACUCUGACGCUGACAGACGCUCGUCAUACAUCACUCCCCGAAAGCAGGUCAUCGGCUUCCAGUAUUGCCCAUUUCCGCGAACAGGGCGUCUGGGAAAUGAUGUAGCCGCGAUCGUUCGGCGCUCCAGUUGUCUUGGAUGAAGUAAUUGGCAUGCACUUCAGGCAUGUUUGUCGCUCAUGACCGUCCGCAAUUGCCACAACAUUCCCAUGCGGUUCCGGUUCGUCUAUAGGCAGUGAUGCAUCAUGCACGGACAGGCAACCUGGGCAGUCAUCUUGUUGCCGACUGGCGUGCUAUCAGCGAGGGGAGGAGCACUUUCUGGCUGUUGAUGUGAUCUGCAGUCGAGGGCGAAUCCAGUUGGGCACAGAAACCCGGCAGGAGUUCCGACUCUGCUGUCGCAAGACAGAUGGUGUUCGACAGCGGGAGAUGGAAACGCUCAUAGUCUCGCAGUAGCUAGGGCACCACUUGCCAGUCCAACAGGAGCACGACGAAAGCGACCUCGUGAACACUGCUGAGCGCCCGAAAAGGAGGAGUCGAAGUCGAGUGCAGCAUUGUCACGACGUGGCCCCGUAGAAUCCUGCUGGUGCGAAUGCCAACUUUCCGAGAUAGUACCUGGCCAUUGUCUUGUGAUCAUGGUGAAGACUGCCUGAACCACAUUAACAACUUGGACUCAGCACUGUCCGUCCCGUAGGUUUUGAAUGCAUGGGCGAGAAAUGAGGUCGAUUAGGGGUCGAGCCACGACAGAGCAAGGUGUUCUGAAACGUGGGUGUUAAACGAUGAGUACGUGAGUGCAUGGUGCAACACGCCAGUCGAAGCCCGGCUGUCUU